CUCGCCACUGUAGAGGACGGAGAGAACUUCAGGAACGUUUCAGCAUGUUUCUCUUUCAAACUGUUAAUGGGAAUUAACUGCUAUGAACUGAAACUCUUCCUAAAACCAAUCAACAAGUAGAUCCAAGUCAAUUAACGCAUAAGCCAGUCGAGUCCUGAGUCGAUUUUUUUGCACUGAAUGUAGUACGUUAGAGGAAAUGGCUGUGGAAAGCAUGACUGUCCAUCCAAACUCCCCAACAGCCAACCACGAACACAACAGCCUUCUCACUGAUGAAAGGCAAGAGGAUGGUGAGCUGGAGGAGGGUGAGCUGGAAGAUGAUGGAGGAGAGGUGGAGGUGCCCAGCGCCGAGGGCCCAGAGCUGGAGGAGAAGCCCCGCCGCAGCAAGGAGCGGCACGGCAGCGACUCGGACGACGACAAGGGCCACCGUCGCAAGAGAAAAAAGCGAAGGGAGCGGGAGCGGGAGCGGGAGAAAGAGAAGCGGAGGGCCAAAAAAAGGCGAAAAUCAAAACACAAGCGGCAUGCCUCGUCCAGCGACGAUCAUUCAGACUACAGCGAUGACUCUGAUUACAGUCCCAGCGAGAAGAGGAAAUAUCGGGAAUACAGCCCUCAGUACCCACCCUCAUCUCACGGAGGCUACCCCCCCCCUCCUCCUCCUGGUCAUGGGGGGCCCAUGCCGAAGAAGGGCAGCUAUAUGAAAAUGGACAAGCAGGGCUACGGCGGCUACGACGAGUAUGAUGAAGAGAACUAUGAGGGCGAGGAGGACGAGGACAUGGGUGAAGAUGACUAUGACGACUUCACCAAAGAGCUUAACCAGUACCGCAAGGCCAAAGAGGGUGGUGGCGGCGGAGGGCCGCCGGGCAGCCAGCGUGGCAGAGGCGGUAAAGGGCGAAUGAAGAACCAGAGAGGCCGGGGCAGAGGAGGGAUGAGGGGUCGUGGGGGUCGAGGAGGAAGCAGAGGAAGAGGAAGAGGCAAAAUGGGAGGAGAGAAUGAGGAAGGAGACGGCAUGUACGGAGAUGAAAUGGAGUAUGGUGACGACGACUAUGACAACAUGGGGGACGAUGAUUAUGAUGAUUACUCAAAAGAACUUAACCAGUAUAGGAAAUCCAAGGAUAGAGGGCGUGGUGGUAAGGGUGGGCGGGGUCGUGGACGGGGUAAGGGAGGUAGAGGCAUGAACCGGGGCAGAGGGAGGAAUCGAGGGAGGGGCCGUGGAGGAGACCAAGGCCAUGAUGAAGACAACAACGGAGAUAUGGACACGACGGAUGGAGGUGGUGGCCAGAGGAAACAUGACCAGGAUAAACACGGCCAGGACAAGAAAGGCAAGGCCAUCUGCAAGUACUACAUCGAGGGCCGCUGUACAUGGGGUGAGCACUGCAACUUCAGUCAUGACAUUGAGCUGCCUAAGAAGAAGGAACUGUGCAAGUUCUACAUCACUGGCUUUUGCGCUCGGGCUGAGAACUGCCCCUACAUGCAUGGGGACUUCCCAUGCAAGCUGUUCCACACUACAGGCAACUGUGUGAACGGAGAUGACUGUAUGUUCUCCCACGAACCUCUGACAGAUGACACAAAAGAACUACUGGAUAAGAUGCUGGCUGAGGAUGCUGAGGCUGGCGCAGAGGAUGAGAAGGAAGUGGAAGAGCUGAAAAAGCAAGGCAUUAAUCCCCUGCCAAAACCCCCGCCUGGAGUUGGCCUUCUCCCCACACCCCCAAGGCCUGUCCCAGCCGAUUCUUCUACCCCCAUGGACUUUGGCAUGACUGGGCCCCCACCACCGGGCAACAUGCCCCCUAACGGUCCUUUGUGUCCCGGCCCUGGCCCUGGAUCUGGAUCAGGUCCCGGAACUGGACCCUGUCCUGGACCCCCUGCACCUUGCCCAGAUGGAGGGUCGUACCAGGGAUCACCAAACCCAAAUGGUCCACCUCCACAAGCCCUGGGUCCUCCGCCUCCCUGCGGGGGCAACACAAGCAAGAAGAUCCCAUCCCUGUUCGAGAUUGUCGUGAAACCCACCGGACAGCUGGCACAAAAGCUGGGUGUCAGAUGUCCAAAUACUGGUGCUGCUGCAGCAGGCACUGCAGGACCUCAGGGCCCCACUCCAGGACCUCCUGGUGCACCUCGUUUCCCUGGGCCAGUGCCACCUGGACACUUGGGGCCCAAUGGGCCUCACGAAAUGGCCCCCAUGGGUUCACCGAACAUGAACCAAGGUCCCUCAGCAAUGAUGCAGAACUUUGGUUCAGGAGAAGGGCCGUCGAACCCAGCCAUGAUGGCCCCCGGCAGCGGACCUGGUCGCAGUUUUUACGAUAAUUUCUACCAGCAGCAGCAGCAAAGCAUGGGAAAGGAAGGGGGAGGCACCGAGGGUGAUGGCUACAAGGGAGCUAGUGGAAACUUCAGUGACAUGUCCUCAGGGAACCAGAGCUCUGGGAGCAUGGAGGGCCCAGCCAAUGGAGGCUCAGCAAACCAGUCCGGAAUAACAGUCCCAGAUUUCCUGCCUCCAGCGCAGCGUGUGCUGUUUAUGAGGAUCCAGCAGAAGCAGCAGGAAGAGGAGGAGAGGGCCAGGAGACUGGCCGAAGGAGGCGCAGAGAGGGAUAACGAAGGUGAUUCUGCAAUUUGGUAUUCUAGCGAAGAUGAAGAUGGUGGUGGCAGUGUCACAUCGAUUCUCAAAACUUUACGGCAGCAGAGUCAAAACCAGGGGCCCCAGAAGCCUGAUGGUGCCCCCAGCGACCCCCGUCUGCAGAAGGCCCAGCCGGUGCAAGCACCCAGCAGGCCUGCAGACCCCAGGCUGGCACGGGACCCCCGCUUGGCACGCGCCCCUGACUCUUCUCAGACCCCCGAGCACAACCCCUCUUCUUCACCAUCCUCCUCCGCUCCCGCUGACCCCCGCCUCGCCCGGCAGGCCGCUGCGCCCAAACCUGAGCCCCCGCUUGUGUAUAAGCCCCCACCCCUGGUCCCUGCUGCCACUGAGGAAGAGGAGGGGGAGAGGAUGCUGAGGGACAAGCAUGUGCCCAUCCCUCUGGAUCCGCUGAUGGGCAUGGCCCUGCGCGACCCCCGCUCCCAGCUCCAGCAGUUCAGCCACAUCAAGAAAGACGUGGUGCUGACCAAGCCACCUUUUGCCAAGGUGGUGCUGUGGAGUCCCGAAGACCUCAUCCCCGUCCCCAUUCCCAAGCAGGACUUCCUCCCACUGCCGCCCGGCAUCCCGCCAGUCACUUCUAUGGAUCCGCGGCUGUCACGCGCCCAACAACAGAUCCACACGGCCAUGCCCGCGCCCGUGCCAGCCUCGGCCCCCCUCGCCGAGCAGACUGGCCAGUCCGCCUCCUCCUCCUCAUCCUCCCUCCCGGACUAUGAGCUGCUCUCUCGCAUCCUCAAGACUGUUAACGCGACCUCGUCCGGUCCCUCUCAGUGCCCUCCACCACCGGCUCCACCUGCAUCCACCCCCUCCGAAAAGCCCGUAGACCCCCGCAUGGCCCGGAAGGCUGUGGCUGACCCUCGCCUUCAGCCGCAAAAAUCUGCCCUCAAGCAGCCUUCGGAACCUCCAGCUCUGCCCGUGUCGGCAUCGUCGUCUGGCCCCCCUGCCCCAACCUCACCUACGCCCACGAUCGCACCCUACGACCCGCGAUUGCUGUCGGCGGGAGGGGCCGGGCGAGGAAUUGGAGGCGGCAGCGCAGGCGCGAGCAGCAGCGUCCUUAGCAGCAUCAGCCUGUAUGACCCACGGACACAGGGCUCGGACAAAUCGGAAAGUUUGGAGCCCACCACACCAGCCGUCGAGCCCAAACCCGCCGACGCCGCAUCCGCCUCGGCCAAGCCCAAGGCUAAGGAGCCGCUGUUCGUCCGCAAGUCUGCUCUAGACCAGCCCGAGCCGGACAAGGGCAGUGGCGAUCAAACCACCGAUCGCUACAACAGCUACAACCGGCCUCGACCCAAACCCUCGCCCUCCCCUGGCUUGGGUGCUGCCGGAGCCCCUACUCCCGGAGGGCCCUCUCAACCCAGCCAGGGCAGUUCUGUGGGCACCGAGCAGCCGGCGGGAGUCCACAACCUGCCUGUGUCCACACUCUUCAGCGUGGUGAAGCAAGCCAGCAAGCCCAGCGGCACGGGCAGUCCAUUUGGGGGCAAUAGCCCCGCGCAGCCGGAUGCUGCUGAGCAGGACAGUGCUUCGCUCAAGGAUGUUUUCAAAGGCUUUGACCCUACAGCCUCGCCCUUCUGUCAGUGAACUCGGACACAGAGCUUUAAGGCUUUCAGGAGCGUUCGGCCUCGGCGAUGCCUUAUGUGCAAGGAGAGUACCGCUGCAGCACCACGUUCCACAUCACAGUAUUCACACUUCUAAGGACUUGUGUUUGGGAUGGAAGGGAAUACAAUGAGAAUAUAAGGUGAAGCGGGGGGGACACACAAAGAUAGCUAUAAAAAUAUAUGUCUGUUUUAAAACCAAAUGAGAACAUUUAAGAUGUAUUCAUUUUAAAUUCUUCUCAAAGUGUAAGAAUAAACCUGGGCUUUCGAAAGGAGAUGUGUUUUUUCAUUAGUCUGUGGCCUGCUGUCAGUAGGCUCUGGUUUAGUGAUCUGAUUGGAAGAUGACCCAUGGUUUAGUGAUCUGAUUGGAAGAUGACCCAUAUACACUGCCAUAGAGCACCUCCAGCCCCUCUCUGUGAUGGACCCCUGUGGCUCUAUGAGAGAUCUUCUCAUAGAGCAGAAGGUAGAUGGCAGGGGCAUGUCACUAUCCCAGUCCCCUACGAUCGGCUCUGCAGCAGGACAAAUCCAUGGGAGUAUGCACUGCCACUUCAUUGCUUUAACAGGACAAUGUUAGCAACGUUGUGUUUCUGCAUUUUGUCCCGUCGGCGAUUUAACUUCUUUUAAACUGUUUUAGCUCUCCAGUGGUCUGUGCUUGGUUCAGCUGAGGACCUUGUUUUGCUUUGCUCUCUUUUUCUUUCUUCUUUUUAAAGGCUGUUUAUGGGUACCUCCCUUAUGCUUGGGGCUCUCAGCUCCCACUCCGAGUAACAAAACUGUAUAACUGAAAAACCCCUCUGUUAAGUGUUUCACAUGUGAAAUUUUAAUUUAUUUUUUAUACUUAUGAGAAAUCUGCUUUUUCUUUGUCCACAUUGUAGUAGAAUCGAAUCAUUCUAUAUACAUAUUUGUACAGUAUAUAAAUAUUUUUUCCCACCUGCAGUGUAAAUGGACUUGAGAUAUGCGAGAGAGGUUUAUGUAAUGCUUUUGUUUUUCAGUAAAAGAACUGUUCUUCCCAUCUUACCCUGGAACAUGAGAUUUUUCAUGAGGACUACAUAAGAAAAUCAACUUUUUUGUUUGUGUUUUGUUUAGGUUUGCCCCUGGGAAAAACUGCUUUGUAUAUUGAAAAGUGUCCAUAUUUGACAAGAGGUAACAUUUUGUAACCAUUCAGUGUAGGUAAGGUUGUGAAAUAUUUAAUAAAGGCAACAUCAGAUUGAACAAGG